CGUACAGCUAGAGCAACAAAAUAGGUUGCGAACUUGCGAAAUAGAAACAGUAACCCCCUUAUUCAUAAACGUGUACUAAAGUUACGAUGCCGCUAAUCAUCGUUUGUCCCUUUCCGACGUAUUGGUAUGAUGGAAAGGGACAAACGAUGAUUAUCGGCAUCGUAACUUUAGUACACGUUUAUUAUGAAUAAGGGGGUUAGAAGUUAAAACUUUCCACAGGUUUCAUCUGUAAAUAAAUAAAUAAAACUUAACUUAUUCGUUGCAAUAAUUUUAUUUCAUCAAGAUUAAAAAGAAAUAACGCGUCGUGUGUAGAAAACGCAAAAAAAAGAAAUGCCGAAUUUUACCAAAACUCAUAUCACAUCUUUUGCUCCUUAUGACCUCAGGAAUGCGUGGUUAAAAUGUGUCGGAUUUUAUUAGCCCACGGUGUAUAGGCUGCACAAAGUUUAGUAUAAUAUAUUCGCUACGUGAACGACACUACAAUAACGUCAUCAAACAUACGCAAAUCAGGGGAAUAUGAUACUUACUUGUUGAAAUAUGCAGGGAAUAUAUCAAAUAUUAAUCACAUAAAAGUAGUAUUUCUAAUGGCUCCACACGAUGGCCCAUCAUACUGGCCCAAGAUGGGCCAGCGUGUGGAGAGUGUUGUCAGAUGGCUUAUGGCGAUGGGAUGGCCACGGUGUUGGUUUUUCAUCCGCACAUCAAAUGUAGUGGACCAGCGAUGGCAGUAGUGCGCAUCUAUUCAUCUCGCUGGGCCAUCGUGUAGAGGAGCCAUUACUUUUAGAUCCGAUCGUAGUUGAAUGUCAGUGUAAUUAUUAUACUCUUUGAUAAACGUAGUGAUUAUCUCUUUGUCUUCGAUGUCAAUGUCUAACUGACCAAUAACUGACAUAAAUAAGUAAAGAACAAACAUAGCUUUUUUAUAUCCAUUUAAACAUAAAAAUUGUAAAGUAUUAAAAGUUUCGCGUGUAAAAAUGUUACAGCAAGUAAAAUUUCUACGUCGACUUGCGCCUUAUGUCACUCAACGGGCUACAUUCCAAAAUUUCGUAAUGUCUGAUGCUUUAGCGCAGUUGGAGUCAGAAUGCGAGAAGUGCUGUUACAACCCUAGAGUACCACCACGCAAGGUGACAGUAGUCGGGGCAGGCACCGACGUCGGUCGAAUUGUAUCGUUGUUCCUCAAACAGCAGCGAGUGAUCAAGACGUUGGCGCUGUACGAUGACGAGCCGGAGCGGUUCGUGCUGGGCGUGGCCACGGACUUGGCACACAUCGACACCAGCACCGAGAUCGAAGCGUAUCAGGGAAAGCAGUUUCUUAAGAAUGCUUUACAUGAUGCGGACGUAGUGCUGAUAUGUGGCGGCUGCUACGAGCUGCCCCCUUGCUGCAACGAGCCGGACCGCGAGCUGUUCUUCAAGAACAUGCGGUUCGUGCGCACGACCACCAUCGCCGUCUCACAGUUCUGCCCGUACGCCAUCCUCGCCGUGCAGACGCCGCCGGUCGACUGCAACUACGCUCUGUGCGCGUAUACAUUGAAGGUUCUUGGCACGUACAACCCGCGCCGAGUAUUGGGCGUGAACUCUAUAAACGCCAUGCGUGCCAACCAGUUGUACGGCUCCAUGAUGGGUGAGGACCCCAGCAAGUCCAAUGUGGCGGUGGUCGGUGGCUGCGGGCGCUGCACGCGCGUGCCGGUCUUCUCCGCCGCUAAGCCUAACCCCUUCGACUGCAAUGUGCCCAAGAAAACGUUGAACUGCCUGAGCCGACUAGUGCGCGAGGCCGACGACAUUAUCUGCAGGGUGAAGAGCAACAACGAGCAGGGCCAUCUUUCCAUCGGUUUCUCUACUGGAAGAUUCGUGUUGAACAUUAUGAAAGGAAUGUUCGAGUCACCCUCAACUCUCGACAGUGCUCUGGUGGAGCAGAGUGACCCGGAAAAGUGCUACGGAAUGCGCGUCUGUGCCACCCCGGUCACGGUGGGUCGGUUCGGCGUUGAGCAAUAUACUAUCCCUGAGCUAAACGAAGACGAGCAGCAGCUUCUUUCAGAGGCUAGGUGUGACUUAGAAGAUAUGUUAAACCUCGGGCGAUGCUACGCCACCGGUGAAGAGUACACUUUGCACCCUUGCAAGUACUACGAAGUCGAUCCGUGCCCAUAUGGGCCUCCGUGUCCACAAGUCAAAAGUUCAAAAUAAGUCUAAAUGAGACGAUUAAUGGGAUAUGACUUAAAAGGGAACUUUUUAUCUCGGUUUGGUUUUGAGGUAACCAAAGUCCCACAGGUGUCCGAAGAUAAAACUUAUUAGUGUAUUCCUAUUUGUACCCGCCCCACGUGAUCAACGCCAUACAUGAGGCGGGGACAAAUGGGAAUGAUUUAUAUGCAGCGCCUAUUCCAAUCUGUUCGCGGCGGAGACAAAUGGGAAUACACGAACUUAUUUAGUCAUUUUUGGCCAUUGAUUGGUUCUAAACCACUCGAAACGCAUGUCGUGCAUAAAUAACUUGUUAAUUUGAGUCUAACAGUUGUUUUUUCGUUCACUGGAUAAGUUAUUGUAAAUAUUCAGAACAAAAUAUUGUAGAUCGAUCCGUACCUAUAUUUGUAUGUUUAUGUAUGUCGGUUAUUGGGUAAUUUACUGGUACUGUGACUUAACUAUAAAACCUCUCUUUUCCUUCAGCGUCUAUAGCCAAAGUCAAAUAUGAACUUGGCAAAGUUCCUUUGUGCUAAAAUAAACCCUUAAAAGUU